GACUAGUUUUGGUAUUCAGUCAAUUUAUCAAUGCUACUACUGUAUCUAAAUUCAUGAAAAGCACACUUUGUUCCUCUCUUUCAAACACUUUCAUCCAUCUUUCUUCCAUUCAGUCAUUCCAGUAUCAGUCAAGCAUAUAUCGCCAAGUUAGCGUCUCAAACAGCACAGCAAAGUCCAUACGCACUGUACCAAAACGCCGCUUUCCAGAAGAUAAGUCUUCUAGCAGCAAACAAAUCUCGAAACCAGUCAAGAGCCAAUCCCCAAAAAUGGCAAGCCUCACCAACCUCCCCACUCCUCCCGAACACUACCACCUCCUCUCAAACCUCACCACCCUUACAAACACCAUCACCAACUCUAUCACCAACUCCACCCACACCACACUUCCACCCACCCCCAGCACCACAGACCAAGCCACCCCCUCCACCACAAACACAACCCUAAUCCUCCCCCUCAUCUCCAUCAGCAUCCCCCUCAUCUUCACCACAUUUCUCAUCGCCGCCUACUACAUCUCCAAACACCGUCGGCAAAGCAAAUCCAAAUCUCAAUCCCAAACUCAAUCCCCUCUCGACCCUCACACCCACACCCACACCAGCUCCAGCAUCCACACCCCCACCAACACCACCAACGUCCCUCUAUACGUUAGAAACAUGAGUCUUCUGCGAGGAGUAGGAGGAGGGAGGAGAAGAAGUCUGAGUACUACCAUCACCAUCGGAUUAGAGGACAUAAUUGGCGGUAGAUUUAGUGUGGAGGAUGGAGAGUGGAAUUCACCACCGCCGCCGCCGCCGUACACUGAACGGUGGGAGGAUGUGGAUAUAGAUCUUGAGGAAGGAGUGUUGAGACGGCCGCCGCCUGCGUAUCAUCCUCUGUUCUAG